GUUGCUGUUUGUUUAUUGCUGACUGUGAACCUAGAUCAUAAUUAACAAUGUAUAGAACCUAUUAUUUCGUAUAGCGCAUAUCACGUCAGGGUAGUGUGUACUUAUAUAUAAGGUUUCAGGAUGUACUUUGUUACAAAGCUAGUCUACAUCACUUGCCUAUAUGUCCGCUGGACUGAGAGCUGUGGGCGAGGUCAACUCAAUUGUACCUGUGUCACCUACUUCCAGGCCUCUUCUGACGUGCUAGGACCAAAUCAUCCGAGACACUUAGGAAGUAAAGUUUAUUUUAAAGCGUUGGCCAGUUGGGCUUUCAAUCUGUCGUUGGGAUUCAAAGCGUACGUCAACAACAAACUCAUCAUGACCUAUCCCAGCAGCAUCUACAACAUGUCGUGCGGCUCUCAGAUGUCCCGGUCCUUCAAGUUUGUCAAUCAACGAAUGGAUACGGAAAACCCCUCUGGCCACCCUAGAGUGGACAUUGUCCUGUAUGCCGACCAUCCAGAUAAUCCAGACGACGGGAACUUAACUUGUGACCAUUUUCUGUGCCGGAAGUUUAAAGUGCACUACCACUUUCCACCAGGACCAGGAAACAUAGACAUCACUUUAGACCCGCCUGAUGCUGUCCAAGGUCAGCCGGCCACUAUCACGUGUUCCACUAUCGACGGAUACCCUAAAGUCAGGUUCGGCAUACGAGCCUUCUCCCUUGUGUACAACCUGGAACUUUUUUACACUCCUACAGAGAAACUGACCAUGCCAGCCGCUGUGGCCGGAGUUUACAUCUGUGAGGCAAUUGCCUUCGUAUUCCGACAGAGAAUGGUGAUUCCAUCCGACAAGAAAGUCACCAUACUAAGAAAACCCAUGCUUGACUCUAUCGGCAUUCGUAACCAGGAGUCGAAUUUAAACGACGUGACAUCUAGGAAAACGAACUUGACUUUACAUCAGCCAACAGGCAGUGUGGUCAGACCACGAGUUGUCCUCCCUAGCCACGCAGUAAAAUACAAGCUCGUUUCUAAUGUAAAUUACUCUAAGAAACUGAACCGAAGAUCUGAGAACAAGAUGGUGCUAAAACGAGGCAAUCGUCAUAAAGAUGGCAGCCAAAUCAAUGCUGCAGACGUGAAGGCGGUGAAACUAGAAAGAGGCUCUACUUUGUUGAAUAGGAUACAGUUAAAGAAACGCUCAGUACAAGACAACCCGAAUGUAGGAUUUCGUUGGCGUGUGUCAGGCGUGAUGGUCCUUCUUCAGACUCUGCUCAGCCAGGUCAUGUCACAGUACUGAUGUUACCGCUGGAACUAAGCGUUGAGGCUUAUAAUUAAACACCUUAUAAAAGCUCUCUUUUUUAGCGAAUGUAAUAAAUAUACGAAAUAGU